ACUUAUUGCGUGAAGCACAUGGUUAGUUUCCUUCCUUUGCUAAUAAAAAGUUGGCCGAUACUCCGAUAUUACCACCAGGUCAACUCACUUCCGAUCACACACACAUGGCAACUUCUUCUUCAAUGGCACAAUCUAUCUUUGCAACUUCAUCAUCAACGACGCCGUUUCAUAGCCGUUCUUCUUUGCCUAAUCUUCCUCUUCUACCUCCUUCAGCUACUUCUCUGUUUAAAGCUUCCUCUAAGCUCCAGAUUUCAGGAUCCAGAAGAUCGGUAUCAUAUCGCAUUAAGGCAUCUUCAGAAGAUUCAUCCGAAACGUCAGAAGUCGGGGAAGUCUUCUCGGGCUUGAAGGAAAAAUGGGAUGCAAUUGAAAACAAGCCCAUGGUUGUUAUCUAUGGUGGAGGAGCAGCUCUUGGUCUAUGGUUAUCUGCUACAGUUGUUGACGCCAUCAAUGGAGUUCCUGUGAUCCCCAAGUUCUUGGAACUAGUAGGGCUUGGAUACACCGGAUGGUUCAUCUAUCGAUAUCUUCUAUUUAAGUCAACUAGAAAGGAGUUAGCCGAUGAUAUUGAAGCAUUGAAGAAGAAGAUUAUCGGAUCAGAAUAAAGGUUGGUGAUUGCUUACAGGUUUCCCUGUCUACCUUAAGGUUAUAUUGUUGAUACAAAGUUGUUCAUAUGCAUCACAUCCUGUACUAUGAAGUGUGUUAAUUUGUGUUGUCAUAUGUGUUUCCUCUUUUUUUUUUUUUUUUUUUUAAUCAUGCUGUAAAUAUGCUCUAAUUUUAUUGGAAUAAAUUAACAACUUGAUGAUGUUUA